AUGGCGAUGUCGUCUUUCAGAUCGGGAUUCGAUGAAAUUUCAGAAAACUGCAGAUCAGAAUCCAAUCAAAAUGAUACAACAACAUCUCCAACUCCAAAAUUCAAACCGCAAGUUAUUCGAGGACUAGUGGUUUUUCACGAUCCCGAUUUGAACGAUCUGGACGAAUCUCGUACUCUUCCUUGCUAUCUUUUUCGUGGUCACCUGUUUCGCCUGACUUAUGAUUCUGACGAUGACGAUAAUCACGAUCCCGAUUAUGAUGAUCGUCCUGAUCCUGAUCAUAAUAAUGAUUUCGAUCCCGAUUAUAAUGAUCGUCACGGUUCUGAUCAUGAUCAUGGUUGCGAUCUCGAUUAUGAUAAUAGUGGUGAUGGUGAUUGUCACGAUCUCGAUCAUGAUCAUAGUUGCGAUCCCGAUUAUGAUCAUAGUUGCGAUCCCGAUUAUGAUAAUGGUGAUCGUCGCGACCCUGGUCAUGAUGACGGUGGUGAUGAUGCUUCUUCCCAUAUCCUCGACAUUUCUUGUGCUGCUUCCCAUGCUUGGAGCAAGAUGGAUGCUUCUUCCCAUGUCUUCGAUAUUUAUGAUGAUGUCUUUCAUGCUUGA